AUGACAUAGAUAAGCAAAGAACAAUAGUUUUCUGUAAUUAGAUUAAAAUACUAAUCUAAAUAAUACUUCUACUAAGUUAAGAGUUAGAAAGUUAUGAAUUUUUUUACUUAAAGUGAACCAUAUAUAGAAUAUUCUUAAAAUAAUAAUACUAUUUAGCAAGAAAAUAGUUACUAAGCUGAUUAAAGUUAAUAAAUACUUCGUUAAAACAUAAAAACAACUGAAUAUGAUUAGGAGAUUUCUUUAGAAGACAUUAAUUAUAGAAAUUAGUUAGAAAUGAUUAAAAACUAAUCUACUUCAUUUCAUAUAUUUAAAAGUAAUAUAGAUGAUUUUAAAUUUAAAAAAGACUGCUAUUAGGUAGAUAAUUCAAGUGAGAUUAUAGAUUCUCCUGAAUCUUCUUCAAACACGAAUGAUAAAAGCUAAUAGGAUAAUUCACCUUCUUUCUCAAUUCAAUAAGUAGAAAUAGAUAAACAAUAAAAGAAAGAUAAUAAUUAACCAAAGUAUGAAAACCAAUCCAAAAGAAAACAUCGUUCUGGUUCUUAAACCUGGAAAAACAGUUUUAAUUACUAACAGCAAUAGCAAUUAUAGAAUGAAAGUUAAUAUCUAUCUCCUAUUUAAAAUAAAUCUAACACUAUAUGUAAAUCAACUUAAAGAGAAAAUUCUGUUAGAUCAUCAUCAAUUUGUAGGAGUUUAACAAAAAAACGAAGUACUUUAUUGGCUAUCAGAAACUCUAAUUUAACAUUAAAUCCUUAAACAUAACAAAUAAAUGGAUCAGGCAAUUAAAAUAUCAGUAAUCAGUAAGAAAAUUAAGCAGAAGAAACUUACUUUUACAAUCCUAUUGAUAAGACUAAAAACCAUAUUUUGGAAGUCAAAAUAUUUUAAAUAUUUUCUAGUAUUAUUGGUGGAUUUUUAAACAGAAUUAAAACAUUUUCUCCUGAUAAUUUACUAAUAAUGUGGAUGAACCUUUUUGUUCUUUUGAUUUAGUUUUUCUAGCUAAUAAUUUAUCCACUUAAAAGCUCAUUUCAGAUAUAAGAUCUCGAAAAUAAUUAAAUUUACGAAGAUUUGUUCAGAAUAUUUCCAAUAAUUAUAGGUUUGCUAGAAAUAAGCUUUUCUUUUAAUAUUUCUUAUUAUGAAAACGGAAUAAUUAUUUCUGAUAGAAAAGAAAUUAUUAAAAACUAUUUUAAAAAGAAGUUUUUUUUUGAUAUUGUUUGCAUUUUAAUAGUAUAAUUAAAUUACAACAAUGGGAUGUUUAUAGUUGAUUUGCUCUUUGCUAUUUUUUCUAUUAAAAAAAUAAUAAUUAAUAUAAAAACUAUAAAUGAGCAUUUUUAAAUUGAAUAAAGAUUUUCUACUUCUUAUGAUCUUAUGAAAUUAUGUUUGCUUGUUUUUUACAUGGGGCAUUAUUGUGCAUGUGGCUACUAUUAUAUCGGAAUGCUUUACUCUCCAAAUUGGAUUAUUCAUUAUGGAUUUUCUAAUGAUGCUUGGUAUUCAAACUAUGUAAACUCCCUUUAUUUUACAUUUAUAACUAUGAUAACAGUUGGGUUUGGAGAUAUUGCUCCUAUCAAUUCUUAUGAAAAGAUAUAUGUUAUAUUCAUGACUAUAGGUACAUGCGGUGUUUUUGCUUAUUCUAUAAAUACUAUAGGUAGAAUUUUUAGUGAAAUGGCUUUGAGUGAAGCUAAAUACAGAAAUAAAAAGUUUGAGAUUACUAAGCUGAUGUAAUAAAGAAAUAUUACUAAGAAAACUUAAAGAAAAGUAAUAAAAUUUUUAGAAUAUGAGUAAAGUCAAGAAAUGGAUAGUUCCUAAAAAGGAGAAGAGAUUCUUCUUAAAAUAUCAAAAUCACUUAGAGAUGAAGUAAAUCGAGAGUAUUUUGGAAAAUUCUUAAAUGAUAUUAAAUUGUUUAGGUUAAAUUUCUCAAUGGAAUUUAUUAUGAAACUAACAAGCCAUGUGAAGGAAAAAACAUUUGGUCCAAAUGAAAUAAUAUUUUCAGAAGGAGAUUUGGAUAGAACAUUUUAUUUCAUUUGUAGUGGAUAAGUUUAGUUAUAUCUUAAUAAUAAAAUAUCACAAAACAGGGAUGAUUUUGAUCUUAUUUCAGUUGGAAAAGGAUCCUUGCUAGGUAUUAAUAGUUUCUUAACUGGAAAUCCUAAAGAUAUGUCAGCAAAAAGCCUAAAUGGUUCUCAUUUGAUUUAUUGUUCAGAAAGUGAUUUUUUAUAGACACUCAAGUUAUUUGAAUCUGACUAUGAAAAAUAUUGCAUGCUUAAAGAUUCAAUUAAUCUUUACAAUGACCACUAAGGAUUGCCAUGCUUUUCAUGCAAUAAAUUUGACCAUUAAGCUUCUAAAUGUGUUUUAUAUAAUCUAAAAGUUGAUAAGGAAUUAAUUAAUUUUAGACACAUUUAUUGUCCUGAAUAAAAAAGAAAAUAAGAGGGUAGAGUUUCUGUAAGAAGAAAAAAUGUUAUCUAAGCGCUUUCUCAUAAAUAAAUUUGCUAAAUUUCUUUAAAAAGAUUAAGAUUAUUCUAUAUAAGUUAAAUUUAUAAUUACUCAGAAGAAGAUGAGGAUGAAGAUGACAAUGAUGAUGAAAAUACAUAUAAAGAUGAAAUAAAAUCAGACUCAGAAUGUUAACUUGAAGAAAGUAAUAUUAAAGUAUAAAAAUCUAAACUCAACAUAGAUGAUAAAAUUAAUGAUUUAAAAGAUGAUAAAAAAUUUUUUUUAAAUGUAAAAAAGAUUAAAUUAAAAGAUUUAUAGUCGUAUUUAGAAAGUUUUAAUUAAUCAUAAGGUUGUAACUAAAAUUUAUUUUAAUAAGAGAAUGAUUCUUAAUUUUAUUUAGAAUCGGAAAGUGAUAGUGAGAAUGAUUUAUAAACUUCUUCCUAAAAUUCUGAUUUCAAUAAAUAUUCCAACUAAUCUAGUAUAAAAUCUUAAUAAAAAACACAAAGUAAUAUAAAAAAAGAGCCAACAUUGUCAAAUAUAUAGUAGGCAUAAAAUAGUCCUUACACGAAUAGGCUUUCUACUAAAUAAAUAGAUUCUAAUAUAGAUUUAAGGAAUAAGUCUAUUUCUAUCAAUUCACAACAUGAUAUAAUUCAACAUUCUUCACCUUAAUUAUAAAAUUAAAAUUUUGAUAGUCCUUCAAAUAGACACUCUAUAAUUAAAAGUUUAAACCAAGUUAAAUCUCGAAUGUCUAUACAUGCUAAUUUAGAAGAUAACUAAGCUCAGUUAUUAAAAUAAUUUCAAGCUUAAUGUGGUACCUAAGAUGACUUUUAAAGCGAAAAAACAAUAGAUAUGACUAAUUCUAGGCAAAUGAAAAAAAAUAGUUCAGAAACAAAAGACUACUAAAGUUUGGAAAGUGAGGCAUCUUCUACUUUAAAUUAAAAUACUGUAAACACCAAUUUAACAAAAAAAGUUAUUCCUGAAAGCAAAAGAAGAAUUUCUUAUUAGAUUUCUAAAAAAAUGAGUAUUUUUAAUAAAGAAGAGCAUAGUAAAUUAUCAAAAAUUGAUAUUAGUGAUAACAUUUAAAUGUUUGGUUAAAAAUUAAAGUAUUCUAUGAAAUAGUUAGGCUAAAACCACAUUUUAGAUUUUCCAGCUAAAUAUUUUGACAUUUUUGAUUAAUUUGAUAAAUACAAAGAUUACUCCUAUUACUUUCCAUAGAGUAAUCCUUCUAUAAUACUUAAAGAAUAAAGAAGAAAAACAUAUCAUAUACUGCUAUUGAUGAGAUACAAUAAAAAUUAAUUGAAUAAUAAAUACAAUUCAGCCAAUUCAGUUCCUUAAACAACAGAUUAAGAUACAAAAUCCAUGAAUGUAUCUCCUAAAAAACUUAAUGCCUUGCAUCAUUUAAUAAUAAUGAAAUAAAUUUAGUAGACAUAAUAGCAAUAGAUGCCUUCAUUACUUAAUUAAAUAUCACAAAAAGAAAGCAAUUCUAAUUCUUAUAUAAAAGAUUUAAGCAUAUCCUCUUAACAAUAAGUUUUUAAUUUAAAAAAAUGA